GCUCACUUCUCCAUGGCAGGUGAUCCCACCUCAGAUGUUUCUGAGGUCCGUGUUUGCUCUGCACCUAUUUUGUAUUUUUUAUGGACUUUGAUAAUGAAUACUGUUCGUUAUCUCCAUAUCCUUCUUUUAUUCAAAUCGUUAGGCGUAAGUGUAUUUUUGGAAAAUGUCAUACAGAACAGGAAAUAACAUUGAGUGAGAACUAUGAUUUGUACUCGAACAGAAUUUUGCAUAAAUGAGGAGAUAUUGAAUAAAGAAUAGAUGAUUGAAUUUUCAAUGGAAAAAUGGAAAUACGUAAUUUUCUAAUUGCCAGCUAUUUAUUAGGGUUCGCACUCUCAAUAGAUACGACAUGGAUUAAGUCCUUCAAAAUCUGUGCAAACAACGAUCAGCGAAUGUCGACUGAGGAUGACGUUGUAGAGAAUAAUACAUGGCUGGGAAAAGCCAAAUAUGAGCUGACGUGGGGUGUCAUAACUUUGCAAAGUCUAAGAAUAGAAGAAAAUGAAACAUGUUCACUGACAGACUGUGCUUUCCAUCAAAAACAUUGCCAGUUUUGUAAGAGUCCUGUAAAACUGAAUGAGAUUAGUUCAUCUUUUGAGGAAUUGACACCAGGACAAAAAUAUAUGAUUGAAGACAGCUGGUCAAGUGAUGUGGAAGAAUUCCCUGUGCCAACUAAGCGCUUAGUGUAUAGAGGAGCUUCAAUUACAGAAUACGCUUCUUGUAAUUAGUCUUUCAAUGAUUGAUGCAAGGAAUCUGAUGGCGAGUUCAAGGUCAUUAUUUACCUUGAAGAAAACUAUAAAGAAGGUACUUCUACACAUACGUCUGUUGUACCCUCUGCUGUACCCUCUCAAGUGCACAAUGGGUAUAAAACAGUACACAAAUACUCAACUAGAUUAUUUGAUAUCCUAUUUGCUUGCAGUGUGUACUCUCUAAUAGACACUUGAGCAUUAUCACUGAUCGUUAUCUUCGAAUUUCAGCCCUUUCCUAUAAACCUAGCAUCGACGUAAAAUAUUGAACAGAGUUUUGGGGAGAGGAUGCAUGUUCCUUAAUCUUAACUGACGAUUAUC